AGAUCAUCGAUUUCGGCCAAUCAGAAAUGUGAUUCACUGAUGGCCAAUAGGAUCUUGAGGAAAAUUAGUAAACGCGUUCGUGUUCGCAAUCACGAAGAUCACCUAUUCUCCAAAAUUUUCAAUGACUCUGCUUAUACCAUGCCUACUGAUUUCGAAAAGGAUGAUUGGGAACCAGUUUUAGAUCCCGCUCAGGCUUCCCUUGAAAUACUUACCCUAGAAAAUAGACUUUUGACUAUUGAAUUAAAGCGAUUGCAACAAGAAAUAAAAAAUUUGACUGAAGAAAAUUCCGAUUUAGAAGAAGAAUUCAAUAAACUCAAAGUGUUGUAUGAGAUUGCCUGUGAAAAAUUUUCUCUGCUAAAACGGCAAAAAGACUGUUUCGCUAAGAAAUACAUGGAAUCUCAACAAAUAAAUUCACUAUUAUCAAGCGAGAAUGAGACAUUAACUAAAAAGAUCGAUGAGUUGACUAAAAUAGUUGAAAAAAUAAAGUCAGAAUGUGAUGUAAUUGCAACUGCACGAAAUGAAUUGCAAGGAACAUUAAAUUACAUAACAAAUGAUAAUGACAAAUUAAGAAAGGAAAAUAACGAGUUGCAUGUUAAAAUUGCUCUUUUGCAAAAUAGUUGCGCAGAAUUCAAUGAUGAUAGUCCGCUUCCGGAGCAGUCGAAUGAUGAGGUUACUGAGAUUGACGACAUAAAAAAUGUCGAUACGGAAAGCUCUCCAAAUCAGUCAAAAAGACGCGUUACUUUUGCAGAAACAGAAGCAAACAAAAAGAGGCUACGUACUGGUAAAGAAACUCCUAAGGUGGGUCAUAAAUCACGUUCUAAUGGUAGAUCUAGAACGACAAUUUCCAAAAUGCCGGACACGACCGAACUUCCAACGGUAAUAACACUUCCUUUAGAACCAGUGACAGAAAACCCUGUACUAGGUUAUGAUAAAAUGAAAUCUAGAUUCAAUAUUCCUAAAAAAGAGUGA